GCUGUUCAUUGGCUGGUGGUGCCGAUAUAAAUCUCACACCCCUGCAUGUCGCGAGGUUUUAUUAAAAUCAUGGCAAACAACACAUAUUGGUCCGUGUCAGUGAUCUAAAAGAGGUGAUUUUCCUGCUCAAGGUUUUGGGUGACAUUGACAGCAAAGUAACGCGGUCUGGCAGAUUUAUCUGAUCUAAACAUGGAUGACAGCUGUUGGGAGAGCUCAGAUUAUGAAAUCCUGGCAGAAAUCGGCCAGGGCUCCUACGGGAAAGUGUACAAAGCCAGAGAGAGGCGCGAACAGCAGCGCCUCAUAGCGGUGAAGAGACUGAACGUUCCCGAGGAGCCGGAGUCUGGCAUCCCUCAGUUUGUGAUACGAGAAGUGGCUCUUCUGCGAAAAAUAGAGCACUUCAACCACCCGAACAUAGUCAAGUUGCUGAAUGUUUCAGCUGGAUGGCACAACCAGAAGUUUGACCUGACGUUGGUGUUUGAGUACAUCGAUCAAGACCUGACCACAUUUCUCAGCAGAGCAUCAGCGAAAGGCCUGGCCAGGGACAAAAUCAAGGAUGUGAUGCGUCAGCUGCUCAGUGGACUUGACUUCCUCCAUACCAACACUGUCAUUCACCGGGACCUGAAGCCAGACAAUGUGCUUGUGAGCAGUCGAGGGGUGGUCAAGAUCGCAGACUUUGGUUUAGCCAGGAUAUAUACAUACCAUAUCGCCCUCACUCCAUGUGUUGUGACUCUGUGGUACAGGGCUCCAGAGGUCCUGUUGCAGUCCAGUUACAUGUCUUCAGUGGAUAUGUGGAGUGCCGGCUGCAUCUUUGCAGAGCUCUUUCUGUUAAGGCCGUUGUUUUGUGGAUUCACAGAGAUCCAGCAGCUGCAAAAGAUCUUUGAGGUAAUUGGUUUGCCAGAUGAGGAGGACUGGCCCAUAGAAAGCCCUGUCUGCUACACUCCUGCCUGGGUUGAGACAAAGCCAACAGCACAACUACUGCCCAGCCUCGCCCAUGAGGAGAAUGACUUGUUGUCUCAAUUUUUGGCUUUCAAUCCAGCUCAUCGCAUCUCUGCCUGCAGAGCUUUGGCUCACCCGUUCCUGGCAGACUGCAGCAGUGAAGAUGAGUGACAGAUGAGUGAAGAGGGCGGGGUCACAUAAUUAGACUGGCUCCUCCCAUCCAGUCUGAGGCGCACCAAGAAUUAUUCUGCCACAAGAGCUAUUAGAUUGAUUUUUAAAUAAUGGAGUGAAGUGCAUCACCUUAACCAAUGGAUCACGUUUUUUUUUUUUUUUUUUUUUCUUUCUCUCUCCUAUGAAAACUUCUUGGUGAAAAUUGAAAAUGUUACUGAAACUCUGUACUGAUGAUGUUUAAAAAGAAACAAAUGCCCUUAUGAAACUCUCUACUGAAGCUCUCCUGCCCUAAAAUUUUAUUUUAUAUACCAACACCUUGUUCUCAUGUUUACGAAGGUUGAGGAAUGAGAAAUUGUCUUUUUCACUUGUGACAACUCUCUAAUAAUGACAUUUUGUGUAUGUUGCAGCACAAUUGGUUGUUUAACAGGUAAGUUUGAUGUUUCCAGAUUGUUUCAAUGUGCUACUUUAAAGAUGUUUUUGAAAGUUUACUUUUUUAUAGUAAUGUUUUUAUACCAUUUUGUGUUUGUUUUGCCUUAUUUUUAAAGGUAUACAAUGUUUUAGGUUCUGAGCAAAAUGUUUGAAGUUUUGUGUUUUCUGUUCCUGAUGAAUUUGAGGUAAACACAAACUAGAGGCAAUGGUGCCUGUUUGUUGUUGAAUGAGCUGAGAUUGAUAUUUAAGCUUAGUUGACAUUCUGAUUUUUCAAAUGAAUACAAAUCAAUUAAAUAUGUAAUUGAAUGCACAUUUUACUAUUUUCUUUAAACUGACACUUCAGUAAUAAAAUAGCAAUUUCAGCA